GAAAUGUGACAGAGGUCAGAAAGGAAAUGAUUAUUGAAUGUGUGGUCAAAGGUUCCAAAAGGGGAACAAAACCUCCAACUCCAGCUCAGCAGAAAGAGAGACAGAAAAGAGUGGAGGAUAUUAAGAAAGACAUGUUAGAAAAGAUCCGUAUCCUCAAUCCAAACUUCAAUCACGAGCUGAAGGAAGAACUGGGAAGGUCAAAAAGAGGCGAACAUGUCUUCAACAAUAACAUUCUUAAAUUUCAUUUCAAUGUGCUGACUGAUUUUAUACAAAGCCAUCGUAUUUCUAAUCUACGAGGAUAUAAUCAGCAGGCAAUGGAUACAUUAGGCAGACACACACUUCCCCAAAACACAGAAACAGAUAUUCAGACAAACAUGGUGGUUCACUUUGGUGAGGAUGAAUUCUACGUGAAUGCGAAUGGAGUGAUGUAUGGUGAAUAUUGCAGAGCACUGCGUGGUGCUUUGAUAGAUGUGCUGCGCCGCAUAAACCCAGGUGAUGUGACAGAAGAGGAGAGACAAAGGGUGAAUUUUGUCAUAGAUAAUAUGAAUAACCUUGAAAUCUAUGUGGACCAACUGGCAAAGGUCAGGUGGAUAGACAGACAAAGUAGACAGGCCCGGUUUGAACAGGUAAGACAGGAAGUUGCAACCAUGUACAACACAGCUCGUGGGUUUGACUGGUGCAUUCGCAUUCUGCAUGAAGUUGCACCUUUGUUUAAACAUGGACAGUGAGUUUAUUUCUCCUGUUCAGGGUUGCCAGGUUUCCUUUCAAAAUUUCCAGCUCAACUACAUCCUAAAUCCCAUAGACCUGAGACUAGCUCAAAAAGUUUGGACACCUGAAGAAACCAUAGACUGUAAAAAAGAUGGACGACGCAUCUCCUAUUCCUUCCAUUGUAGAAAAGUGAAGCCAU